AUGGAUUCUCUAUACAAUUGGAAUGACUCCACAAAGAUUGGCGUUGCCCUCACAGGUCUAGGAGCGCUCUUUACUUUCUUGGGCGUUAUCAUGUUGUUGGAUAGUGCCCUUCUCACAAUGGGGAACGUCCUCUUUGUCGCAGGGGUGGCCUUGGUGAUGGGGCCCAAACGCUUUCAGUCGUUUUUUCUCUCCAGACGGCGAGCUUCUGGGUGUUUUUUCAUGGGUAUGUUGCUCAUUAUAUCAGGCUUUUGUUUUAUUGGCCUUUUACUUCAAGGAUUUGGAGCGCUGAAUCUUUUUGGUAAUUUUUUCCCGAUGAUAGCCCGCAUUUUAGAGUCAGUUCCUCUUUUGGGCCCUAUUGUGCUUUCAAUGCCAGUUCAACGUCUACUAGCUUUAUUGGGGCUGCAGGGCAACCGUGGCCGGAACGUUUGA